GAGCACCGAUCGUUGUACGGGACCUCUGUGAGAGGUCCCGAUCAUGUGAUCACUGAUUGGCCAAUCAGUGAUCACAUAAAGAGUAGUAAGCAAGAUCUCACUUCUGACAUCAUUGCUUACUACAUGUGAAAUCUGUGAAUGAUCACAGAGAUCACAUGGUACAAGGCUAUUCACAACAGCCUUGUACCAUGUGACAAGCUGUGACCAAUCACAGCUCACACAGUAGUUCUCAAUGGCUGCAAGAAUGCAGCUAGAGAGAAGGAGAAAGGAUUGCUUUUACAGCCUUUAUGGGUGUAUAAGCAAUCAGUGUAAAAAAA